AUGCUUCUUUUACUCGGUAUAUUCAUUGUCGUUAUCCUAGUAUGCUGGCUACUCAGAAAGAGGAUACUGGAUCUCGCCAAUCGUGGAGCUGACCAAAUGAAUCGUCUGCUUGGCUACCAUUUGCUACCAACAACACUCGGAUCUUUUGAAGAUGACAUUGAGGAUGGCUUAACGAGCUCGCAAUUCGACCUUGAAGCGAAUAUCGGCCAAGACGACCAACGUGCAGGACUCAAGGAUAAGGAGGAAAUCCUCAAGAUUAUGAAGAAACAAAAGGUUUCCUUCGAUGAAGCGCGUUUGAUUCGACAACAACGGUUAUUGAAGAAGAAUAACAUUGAUCCUGCUACCGGGCUGCCACUGGAUCCCAAAUUUGUUACAUUCGGUGGACCAUCAUCGUCGUCAUAG